AUGGGAGGCCCUAAAAUAAAGAAAAAUGUCCAGGUGGAUGCUUCAUUAGAUAAACCAAUUGAUAAAGAUGCACCGCCUACCAUCUUCACUACAGCAUUGACACCAGAAUAUGCUACUGCUGCAUUAAAUUUAUCUGUCGACUUCUUAAAGCAACAACAAGGUGAAUGUAACAAAUAUUUAAUUAGCCAUCCGGUUGUAUUAUCUUCCAUCGUCUUAAUUUUGACCAUUUAUAUGACUCCUAAAUUCACGUACCCAUCAAACGAAGACAUAUCCUCAGUCUCAAGUUUCUUAUACCAUUUAUUCUUAUUGAACAAAAGGAAUGUCUUCUCUGCAUUGAUAAUUACAUUGAUUUGUACCUCAUUUUUAUUUACUGGGCUUUCAAGAAUCUCAGACUCAUUCUUCAAGUCUAAAAUAGAUCGUAUCUUACAGUCCAACGGUGAGCUAGUCUUCAACACUGAUUUAAAAGCAUUACAAAGUGAUACUCAAGAGAAGAACAGGAAGAAGAAGAACACAUCUGAAAAGGAUACUUUGGAAAAUACACACAUCGUCGUGUAUAGAAACACGCCAAUUUCAUUAAUUUCCAUCUCUAAAAAUCUUUCUUUGGACAACGUCAUCAAUAUAAAUUCUAUUGGUGCAAGGAAAGUCUAUUUGAAAAGUGGGAUUUUAGAAGAUUUAUUAGAUUGGUCAAUGAUCAGAUCAAGAACUUUAUGCUCCGCAUCUAAGAAGAAAUCUGAUACUCCUUUAAAAGUUAUUGUAGAAGUUUAUUCAUUUGAUGAUAAAUUAAAGAAAACUCUGAAGAAAAGAGGGUUCUCUUUUAUUUCUUCUACGAAGAUUGUUGAGAAUAGAUUGUUAGGUGGGUUGUUCGGUGUUAAGAAGGAAUUAUGGGGUGUUCAAUUCCAUUUCGCUUCAAAAGACAAGAACUGA